CCCAAACCUGUGUGUAGUUGAGCGCUUCCAGUCCAGUCAAAUUUCCAGUUCAUAGUCUUCACCAAUGCGACCUGCGGGCUGCAAGCCUUGAGUUUGCAGAGUUCUGCACGAUUAGUCAAUAAUCCAUGGGCCAGUUGACAAUGCGACUCACCAGAGAAAAACCGCAGCAUCCAUGUGUAAUCCUUGGUAAACAAUCGCAAAACCUGCCAAUCAGAUAUAAAGGAGAGGCUCCGUGUGGCUACAUCAGUUACGAACAAGGCACCUCAGUGAAAAGACCACUUCGACCUCAGUUUGCAGCUAUGAAGACUACCCUGGUUUUGGUCUGUCUGGUUGCCGUCGCCUCGGCAAGGCCUCAGUUCAUUCCAGGAUUUGGUAGACCCAGCGCCUUUGGCAGCGCCGGGGCCAACGGCAUCCAGGCACAGACCCAGGGCCUCUUUGGCUCCACCACCCAAAUUCAACAGCUGGGUACUACCGCCCAGGGAGGCGCAUUCAACGGCGGAUCAAACCUCAGUCAAGGCACUGCCACUCUUUCCCAGGGCAUCGGACCCUUCGGAGGAGCUCAACAAUUCGGCAAUACCGGCGCCUUUAGCAACCAGUUCACAGGCUAGCGCUGUGCUCUGAUAAAUACAGAAACAUGCUCAGAAUCAUGAUCACAUGGCUGAAGGGUUUUCCCUCAUGGACGGUUUUGUCUGUCAUAACAUGCAAACAACGGGACUGGAUUAUUUUAACGCCGAAUAUGGCUGUCGUUAGCAGCAACACACCACUAGAACGGAUUUCAAUGCUAGCAGAGUGGUGUGUUCCAAACACUUACCGUCGUUUCACAGCCUAGAUAUAUUUAACUUCCACUGAUAGCAAAUUAUUCAGCGCUAAUUUUGAAUUACACUCAAUUGAAACGCUGGCCCAAAUGUUCUGUGCAGAGUUGUGAACAUACAUGUGGUAAAACUAGUGUCAUUCGGUAAAACUAUGUACACCAUGACUGGACAGGAACACACAGUUAAACUUUUGUGUGUUACACUGCAACUCACACAAAAAAAAAUGUAAAUAAGUAAAUGUAGAACAACUCACACGAAAAAACUUACAACAAAAAAUGUCGAAUAAGAGAACGGAAAGAAAAUCGAUGGUAAUUGUAUGGUAAUUGUGAGAAUCGAUGGCAAAUGAACAAGAAGUUGUGCUGAGCGAGUCAUAGUGUCGGGCGUCGGCAUAGCAUCU